CCUGAUAAGAAAAAAGUAUAUAAAGUCGUGGAUUCUGGUGUCAUUAUCACAUUCCAAGUCCAGCCGACAUUCAAGUCUUCCAUCCGACGUUCGGCAGGUAAACAAGGACAAUGAACGGUCUAACCCUAGCAGUUAUUGUCACGGUUUGUGUCGGCGUGACCUUUGCCACCAGUUACGGCCCCACCUACCCUACACAGGAUGACGACUGGGACCUGUACCCCCAGGGGUCAGUAGGGAGCAGUGGGUUGGUCCCAGGGUUCAGGGGAUCAUCCAGGAAUAGCUUCGUCGGAAAUGUUUACUCUAGAUACGUAAGGAAUGGUUACCACGGAGUGGGACAAAUCGGGAACUCCUUCGUCAGAUCAGGAUUGUCCGGAGUGUUGGGACACCAGGCCUCCGUAUUGUAUCCAACACAACAUCAACAAGUACAUGUUAAAUACCAAACAACAGGAAGACGUUACAAGAGGUCAACAGGUACUUACAGAUCUAACAGAUACGACAGUAGUGUCCGUUACCCAGGACUGUACCCACGUUAUCACCAAUUCCCACGGAGAUAUCCCGAAUACCCUACAUACCCCACUGUUAGACAAUAUUGAAAGCUGUGAUUAUACACAUAUCUGGAUGGCGGAAUAUGAAAUAGCACGAAGAGUUAUGUAAUUCAGUGAUCGAAAGAAGCUGAAAUACAACAAAGUGUGUGCAUCAGUUAACACCAUCCAGAACCCCUAAACAAAUCCAAAGCUUACCUCACCUGUUUACUGUUACAUAUGUUGUGUGAUACCUUACUUGUGAGAUUUGUGAUCUCAUUGUUGUUGUGGAAUUUGUACAAAUAAUUUUGAAAAAUAAAAUAUUUUUGUAUAAAAU